AUGUCGGCUUCUCCUUCCAACCUUCAGUCGACCAAGCGUCCUCUCGAGGACCCUUCCUCCCCCUCGGCCCCCAACGACCAACCCGAGGCCAAGCGACCCGCCUUGGACAAAGUAGUGCGCAGCGAUGCCGAAGCCGAGACGGACGUGUCAAGCAAUCAGAUUCCAACCAUCGAUGGUUCCAAGGACACCCAAGGCGACACGGUCGUCCCCGAUGCGCCCAACGGCAAGGAUCACUCUGAGACUCAGCCUAUCCAGUCCACUGCAUCUCACGGUGAACGGGCUGGCUCCCAGUCCGAGCAGCAUACCCCACAAGAUGAGUCGAACUGGAUUCACAUCCGGGCCGUGAUUUCCAGCCAGGAGGCAGCUACAGUGAUUGGAAAGGGAGGUGAGAACGUUUCCCAAAUUCGCCGUCUGUCUGGUGCCAAGUGCACCGUCAGCGAUUAUUCUCGGGGGGCCGUCGAGCGGAUUUUGACCGUGAGCGGCCUCCAGGAUGCGGUGGCCAAGGCAUUUGGACUGAUCAUUCGUACCCUGAACAAUGAACCCCUCGAGGCAGCUUCCACUGCUCAGUCCAAGACCUACCCGCUGCGUUUGCUAAUCCCGCACAUUCUCAUUGGCUCCAUUAUUGGUAAAGGUGGCAGCCGCAUUCGUGAGAUCCAGGAGGCAUCUGGCGCGCGUCUCAACGCUUCGGAUAGCUGCUUGCCUCUUUCGACCGAGCGCUCCCUCGUUAUCCUGGGUGUUGCGGAUGCUGUGCACAUUGCGACCUACUACGUUGCCGUCACACUCGUGGAGCAACUGACUGAGCGGUUCAACGGCCCUGCUGCUUCGGCAUACGCUACCCGCAGCGGUGGUCCCGCCGGUGCUGUCCCUGGUGGCAUGCAGGUCGCCCCCUAUGUUCCCCAGCCCACCGGUGGCCAGUACGGACACCCUGAAACCUUGAGACGUCACAACCCCCACGCCAACCGUGCUCAAGCAGGUGCCUACGGCGUUCCGUAUAUGCAACCGACUCCGGCACCUGUCCAACCUGCCAUGCCUUAUGGUGCUGCGCCAGCUCCCUACGCUGGAGGUGCUCCUCACCAGCCUACUCCUUACGUGGGUGGUCCUCAGCCUACUCCUGGUCGUGGAGGCCCGCCUGCACCAGCUCCGGUGGGUGCGGCUAUGCCCGGUCAGCCAAUGACACAGCAGAUUUUCAUUCCUAACGAUAUGGUGGGAGCCAUAAUUGGAAAGGGCGGCGCUAAGAUUAAUGAAAUACGCCAUCUCAGUGGCAGUGUGAUUAAGAUCAACGAGCCGCAAGAGAGCAGCAAUGAGCGUCUGGUGACCAUUACUGGCACUCAGGAGUGCAACCAGAUGGCUCUGUACAUGCUUUAUUCCCGACUUGAGAGCGAGAAGCACCGCGUCUAA